ACUCGUGCCAUCCCAGAAUUGACCAAAUUGUUAAAUGAUGAGGACCAGGUUGUGGUGAACAAGGCAUCAGUUAUGGUCCAUCAGUUGUCCAAAAAAGAAGCCUCUCGUCAUGCUAUCAUGCGUUCUCCUCAAAUGGUUUCUGCCAUUGUGCGUACUAUGCAGAAUACAAAUGAUGUAGAAACAGCCCGUUGUACUGCAGGUACACUACAUAACCUGUCUCAUCAUCGUGAAGGCUUACUGGCAAUCUUCAAAUCAGGAGGUAUUCCUGCUCUGGUUAAAAUGCUUGGUUCUCCAGUGGAUUCUGUACUUUUCUAUGCUAUUACUACUCUGCACAAUCUUCUGUUGCAUCAGGAAGGUGCCAAAAUGGCUGUCCGUCUAGCUGGAGGUCUACAAAAAAUGGUUGCCUUGCUCAACAAGACAAAUGUUAAGUUUCUGGCCAUUACAACAGAUUGUCUUCAGAUUCUUGCAUAUGGUAAUCAAGAANGGCAGUUAAUUAUUUUGGCAAGUGGUGGACCCCAGGCUCUAGUAAACAUAAUGAGGACUUACACCUAUGAGAAAUUAUUGUGGACCACAAGUAGAGUCCUGAAAGUGCUAUCAGUCUGUUCUAGUAACAAACCAGCAAUUGUGGAAGCUGGUGGAAUGCAAGCCUUAGGACUCCAUCUUACAGAUCCAAGCCAACGUCUUGUUCAGAAUUGUCUCUGGACUCUUAGAAAUCUCUCAGAUGCUGCAACUAAACAGGAAGGCAUGGAAGGUCUUUUGGGAACACUUGUGCAGCUUUUAGGAUCAGAUGAUAUCAAUGUUGUGACUUGUGCUGCUGGCAUUCUUUCUAAUCUUACUUGCAAUAACUACAAGAAUAAAAUGAUGGUGUGCCAAGUUGGUGGAAUUGAAGCCCUUGUGCGCACAGUUCUCCGUGCUGGUGACAGGGAAGACAUCACUGAGCCAGCUAUCUGUGCCCUCCGCCACCUCACCAGUCGACAUCAGGAAGCUGAAAUGGCCCAAAAUGCAGUGCGCCUUCAUUAUGGUCUACCUGUGGUGGUUAAACUCUUGCAUCCACCUUCCCACUGGCCUCUUAUAAAGGCAACUGUUGGCUUGAUUCGUAAUCUUGCUCUCUGCCCAGCAAAUCAUGCUCCAUUGCGUGAACAAGGGGCAAUACCAAGAUUAGUGCAACUACUAGUUAGAGCACAUCAAGAUACUCAACGUCGAACUUCAAUGGGUGGUACACAGCAGCAGUUUGUGGAGGGUGUGCGUAUGGAGGAAAUAGUUGAGGGCUGCACUGGAGCUCUUCAUAUCCUAGCUAGAGACGUCCACAAUCGGAUUGUAAUAAGGGGUCUAAACACCAUUCCACUCUUCGUGCAGUUGCUAUAUUCCCCGAUUGAGAACAUCCAGAGAGUAGCUGCAGGUGUACUAUGUGAAUUGGCUCAAGAUAAAGAAGCAGCUGAGGCAAUUGAAGCAGAGGGAGCUACAGCACCAUUAACAGAACUACUACAUUCUAGAAACGAGGGUGUGGCAACAUAUGCAGCUGCGGUAUUGUUCAGAAUGUCUGAAGAUAAACCACAGGAUUAUAAGAAACGUCUGUCAGUAGAACUGACCAGUUCUCUUUUUAGGACUGAACCAAUGGCUUGGAAUGAGAGUGCUGAUUUGGGCCUUGACAUUGGUGCACAAGGAGAACCUCUUGGCUAUCGCCCAGAUGAUCCUACCUAUCGUACUUUCCACUCUGGAGGAUAUGGUCAGGAUACCUUGGGUAUGGACCCAAUGAUGGAACAUGAAAUGGGUGGCCAUCACCCUGGUGCUGACUACCCGGUUGAUGGACUACCAGAUCUAGGACAUGCCCAGGACCUUAUGGAUGGGCUUCCCCCAGGUGACAGUAAUCAGUUGGCCUGGUUCGAUACUGAUCUGUAAAUCAUUCUUUUAGCUGUGUUUUCUGAUCUUGCAUUGUAAUUGGCCUGUAGAGUUGCUGAGAGUGCUCGUGGGGUGGGCUAGUAUCUCAGAAAGUGCCUGACACACUAACCAAGCUGAGUUUCCUAUGGGAACAACUGAAGUAAACUUUUUGUUCUGGUCCUUUUGGUCGAGGAGUAACAAAUGGAUUUGGGGAGUAACUCAUGAAAUAGAAGAAUGCACAAGAAUGAAUCACAAGAUGAAAUUUAUCAAACUCUAGCCUUGCUUGUUUAAAACUUUUUUUUAAUUUUUAAAUAACUGUAAUGGUACUGACCUUGCUUGCUUUCAAAGUAGUUUUAUCUUUUGCAGUAAUUGUAGGGUUUUUAAGUCUCUGUGUUUAAGUUAUAGUGAACAUGCUAUAGCAAUUUCUGAUUUUUAAGGAUUGAGUAAUGGUGUAGAACACUAAUUCAUAAUCACUCUAAUUGUAUUCAGAAAAGUGUAACAUUAUGUAUCCCUUUUGUAUAAAAACAGUUAGACAAAUAGAAAUGGUCCAAUUAGUUUCCUUUUUAAUAUGCUUAAAAUAAGCUAGUGGAUCUAUUUCCUGUUUCUAAUCAAAAAUUUUAUCUGGAAAUGCUGGAUAGAGGUCAAUAAAAACUAUUGUAUGGAACCUUGUAUUGGACAAUUUAUCAAUUGCCUUUUAUCCAAUAUUGUAGCCUGCUGUGAUACAGAUACUUCACGAAAACAGUUAUUCAGAUGGUUCAGAAUUAAAGUAAACUUUUAAUUCA